UCUGGGCUGCCUGUGAUGCCACUUCCUCAUAUGCUUGGAACUUACAAGUAUACACAGGGAAGCCUGAUGGAGGAGCCCCUGAAAAAAAAUCUAGGAAUGAGAGUUGUCCUGGACAUGACUCAGGGACUCAGUGGACACAACAUCACAUGCGACAAUUUUUUUACUUCGUACAAGCUCCUAAAGAGGAAGCUGACCAUGGUGGGAACAAUACGGAAAAACAAGCCUGAGCUCCCACCCCAACUGCUGACCACAAAGAACAGGCCUGUCAACUCGUCCAAGUUUGUGUUCACGGCUGACACGUCCCUGGUAUCCUAUGUGCCAAAGAAAGGCAAGAAUGUGGUACUGAUGAGUACACUGCACAGGGAUGACAGAAUCUGUGGCCAGGAGCAUCAAAAACCAGAGAUCAUCAUGGAUUAUAAUGCCUCAAAAGGAGGGGUGGACAACAUGGACAAGCUGGUGACUGCCUACAGCUGCAAAAGGAGGACCCUACGCUGGCCACUGGUGAUAUUCUUUGACAUGUUGGACAUCUCUGCGUACAACGCCUUUGUCAUCUGGAUGGCAAUGAACCCAGAGUGGAACAGAAGUAAGCUCCAGAGGAGACGCCUCUUUCUCGAGGAACUGGGAAAGGCACUGGUGAAAUCCAGAGAAGACAACAUGUUCCAAGAACCCCUUGUGUUGUGUAAACUGACCUGA